AUGGCAUCAAGAGCUUGGCAAGCCGCGUUUUUACUACUUAUGAUCGCCAUACGGGCCGAUUCUCUGUUUUUCGGUGGCGGAUGUGGAAGCACCUGUUCGUGCCCCCAGCCCCAGUGUCCACAGGUCCAAAAAUGCGUGGCCCAUCCUCCAUGCCCAGCUCUAUUUCCGCCUCCGCCACCACCGCCGCCAGUGCCGAGCUGCCAGUCCACUUGCUUCCCGGCGUACCAAAUCUCCAACUCGGUACCGGCGCCCAGCCUGCCAGAGCCUUACAGUUUCUUUGAGGCUCCGCCAAUUGGCAAGCCGGCGGUUACCGUGGUCCCCCUGCCGGCGGCUCCCGGGCCGAAGCCCCUGGAGUUGACGCUACCACCAAUGGUCGCACUUCCGACCCCCGAGUAUGCUCAGGCCCUUCCUUCUCCCUUGUCUCCCCCACCAUCACUGAUUUCUCUCAACGAGGCUGGACGAGCCGUCGAGACGAAUGAGGUCGCACCAGAAUCGCCCUUCCAAAGCGCAUACGUAGAGGAGACAGCGCCUACGUUGCUACCACCAACGACCCAGGAAAGUUUGGGCCUACACAGUUCUGCCACCGACUACACUGAAAUGAUGCACUCUGGGACUGCCAGGCCACGACCCGUUUCGACCAUUACUCCGGAUGAAGAGGAUGAUCGAAUCUACGCUAAGGAUGGCGAAGUGAAAGGUUCGCACUCGCCGAGGAGCGUGAGCGCUGAUGAAUCGGAAUCCCUCGACGACAUGGGCUCCUCAGAGACGUCGGCGCGCCAGCAUGCGUCUAGUACCGUCCAGCGCACGACAACGACAUGCAAUUCGGACAAACUGGCCCGUGUGAUGGCUGAGGCCAUCACGCCAGAUGUGUCCGUGGCAAAGAAGGCGGUCCAGCGGGCCACUGAACUCGCCUUCAGUGGAAGCAAAUUUGACGUGUUCUGCGCAAAUGGCGAAUUUAGUUACAGCAUCCACUCUAGAAAAUACUGUGAGGCGACGAGAGGUGAAGUGACCUGCUUCGCGUUCCGC